CAAAGUCCCCUGAGCACUCGCGUGAGUAUCGUAACACACUCUUCGAUUCUUAUACUACCUAUCUAAGUGCGUCUGUAAGACAGUGGGCUUCAGGGGCCAAAUAUAAGACGUUACGACUCGCUUGAGAGGAAUUGAGGCAGUUUCUAGCCUCUAUACCGGAUUGAGAAGUCCAGCUCCAGAGCACCCUGUUGGUGACGAAUCUGAGAACAAUUCCGCCAUCCAUACUAUUCGGUUCGUGAUGAGUACGAUGAGGGGCACCUUGGGCAGAUGGAUCUCUCUCUUCUCCCUCUUCACGUUCACAGUCUUUGCUUUGGAACAACAGCCCUUCGAGUUUGGAGAUAUGACAGCACCUCAGUACUCUCUACCCCCUCUUCCCUAUGCAUACAAUGCGCUGGAACCCUACAUCUCAGCCCAGAUCAUGGAGCUGCAUCACAGCAAGCACCAUCAAACAUACAUUACGAACCUGAACGCUGCGCUCAAGUCACAAGCCGAAGCUGUUCAUACUUCCGAUAUCACAUCUCAGGUCGCUCUACAACAAGGCAUUAAGUUCAACGCUGGUGGGCAUAUAAACCACUCCCUCUUCUGGCAGAAUCUUGCGCCAGCGAGCUCGCCGGAAGCGAAGAGUUCUGCAGCUCCGGGGCUUGUUAAGCAAAUCAAAGCCACAUGGGGCGAUGAAGAGAAGUUCCGCGAGGCUUUCACCGCAGCUCUACUCAGCAUUCAGGGAAGUGGCUGGGGCUGGCUCAUCAAGGUCGAAACAGGAAAGGAGCAGAGACUGGCUAUUGUAACAACGAAAGACCAAGAUCCAGUAGUUGGUAAGAACGAGGUCCCUCUCAUCGGUGUUGAUCUUUGGGAGCAUGCCUAUUACCUCCAGUAUUUGAACGGCAAGGCAGCCUACAUCCAGAACAUCUGGAAUGUCAUUAAUUGGAAGACUGCUGAGGAUCGCUAUGUUGGAUCUCGCGCGGAUGCAUUCAAGAUUCUCAAGGCUUCUAUUUGAGUGUCGCAAUUAGAUAGAAAGUACUUACAUCGUAUAAGAGUCGUAUGUCACAUCC